AUGCGGCCGGGGGUCCAACAGGCUCCUCCUCCUCCUCCAGUCCCGCCAGUACACCACCCCUACUCGCCUCCCGCUCCUCCUCAGCCUGCUCCACCACCGCUCUCCUUCGAUGCGCCGCCUUCGCCUCUCGACAAAAUUUCUCUUGACGCGGAUACACUGACUGGCAACAAUCGCAUACCUACUACGAAUCAAGAUUCCUCUGUGCUAGCAGAUGCACCGCCACCUCCCACACCUCCCGAAGUACCUGAACAUCCUACACCUCCCGCACCUCCAAUCAGCCCCAACCAACAUGCCGUGCCCUAUCCCAACUCGCCCGUGGAUAAGGAAAGCAAGCCCAGUUCCACUUCCGUCACCCUGCAUUGGAGCAAACAACCGGAACUAUACCCCAUCUCGAGUACAAUCCAAUUGCCGACUGGCACCUCCAUUCCCAUGCCCCGCAUCGAGGCGCAAAGGAACAAGUUGACCAUGUACGGAGCGGACAAGGAGAAGCUGGCGCAGAUCCAAGAGGCCGCCAUGCACUCCUGGGCUGGCUACCGACAAUUUGCAUUCGGCCACGAUGAAGUGAUGCCGGUAUCUGGGGGAACGAAUGAUCCCUUCAACGGUUGGGGCGCCACAUUGGUCGACGGGCUAGACACUCUUUGGGUCAUGGGACUACAGCGAGACUUUGAGGAAGCUGUGGAGCAGGUCAGAUUGAUCGACUUCACCACCAGCCUUAGGAGCGAGAUUCCUCUCUUCGAAACCGUCAUUCGUUACCUUGGUGGACUUCUCGGCGCCUACGACGUCUCCGGAGGGCAGUACCGCGUCCUCCUGGACAAGGCGGUCGAGCUAGCCGAGGUGCUGUACGGCGCCUUCGAUACGCCCAACAGAGUGCCAAUCACCUACUACCCAUGGUAUCGACCUAAAAACUCACUUGGCAGGCGGGCCAGCUCACGUUCCAUCCUCGCGGAGAUCGGGACACUGGAGCUUGAAUUCACCCGGCUGGCCCAGCUGACUGGCGAGCCCAAGUACUACGAUGCGGUCGCAAGGGUGAUGGACUUGUUCGAGGAGUCUCAAGACAAAAUGCGCAUACCUGGGAUGUGGCCGACGUAUAUUGAUGCGUCGGGAUGCGGCAAACGCGUUUCAACGCAGAGCCAGGACCUCCCGCUGAGCCCGCAGGAUAAACCGCCGCGACUGUCUUCUGGCCUUCUUUCACACACUGAUGGCUCGGUGUCUCACCUACCUGAGUCCUUUGUCAAUGCCGCUGGUCAUGCGCCGGGGAGCUCUGAUCCGGACGCGGUAGGAAAGGCACCUGUAGGCGAGCCUGGGCUGAAGCGCAAACGACAACUUGAGGAGGAGCAGGAAGUGGAAUCCGAGCUUACCCCCCGGACACCUCCCGACGACGUUUGUGUUCCGCAAGGAUUCGUCUCCAUCUCCAAAAGCUCCAACCAGAUGUACACGAUGGGCGGCGCAAGCGACAGCAUGUACGAAUACCUCCCCAAGGAAUACCUGCUCCUUGGCGGGCAGGUGGAGAAGUACAAGACGAUGUAUCUCGCCAGCAUGAAGGUCGUAAUCGACAAGCUCCUCUUCAAGCCGAUGACGGAGACGGACGAGGACAUUUUGAUGCUGGGUAAUGUCGACCUCAAACCCGACUGGUCCAAACCGGCGGCGGAGCGCGAACUCACCGAAUACUUCAGCCCCGCCAUUCAGCAUUUAUCCUGUUUUGCCGGUGGCAUGUUUGCGAUGGGAGGCGUCAUCUUCGAUCAGCCGGAGCAUGUGGACAUUGGAUCCAAGCUGACGGAGGGGUGUGUGUGGGCGUACAACGUCACCGCGACGGGCAUCAUGCCUGACAUGGCCGGUCUGAUGGCGUGUGAAGACCUUAAAAGCGAGUGCAAGUGGAAUGAGAGCGCGUGGUGGGAUGUGUUGGACCCGUACAGCGCCACGAGGCUGCAGGGAACCACCGUUUCCCCUCCUCCUCCCCCGAUGCCGCCAACGGUGCAGAAGGAAGCGCUUCCGCCCAACACCCCCGUGGUCGCAGACGGACCGCAUCCCGAUCUACGUGACGACUCGCACGCCAAUCUGGAAGACGCGACACUUGAUCCGCUCCAUCCCGCCGUGUACAAGAGACAGCUCGAGGCACUUUCAGAGCUCCCAUCACAACCCUCCCCGUCCUUACUCCCAGACGGAGAAGCCAACCUGCCCGACCUCGCCUCCCCUUACGACCUACCCACCCCAACCAAAAGCAACGCCCCCCUCUCCCACGAAGACUACGUCAAGAAGAAGAUCGAGUGCGAAGGCAUCCCCCCCGGCUUCACGCACAUCACCGACCGGCGCUACCAGCUGCGCCCCGAAGCAAUCGAGUCGGUCUUCUACAUGUACCGCAUCACCGGCGAUCCGCACUGGCGCGAAGUCGGAUGGAACAUGUGGAAAGCGGUGGAGCAGCACGCGCGCGCGCGAUACGGGUACAGCACCGUAUCCGACGUGACGGACACAGAGUCCGCGCUGGACGACUCGAUGGAGAGCUUCUGGCUGGCGGAGACGCUCAAGUACUUCUACUUGCUGUUUGACGACCCGGACAACUGGAGCCUGGACCGCUGGGUGCUGAAUACGGAGGCGCAUUUGUUCCGGCGACCGGAAUUUGAUUUUGCUGCGUAG